GAGACACAGAGAGCACAAAGGAAGCAGCAGCGCAUAGACACACACUGCUGCUCGGUUUAAGGAGGGAUAGAAUAGGAAACGGCGUGAUGUAAACACGGAAUAAAAAAUCCGCAAGGCAGCGUUUCCAUUUCCCCAUUGCACCGUGGCUCCAUUAUUAUAGUGUUCAAUAUUACAUGAGGGUAAACCGGCUAAACAACAGCGGUGCGUCUGUCUGGACACCGAGAGAGAGGCAGAGAGGCAGCAAGUGGAGGAGUUGAGCAUUGUUUCAUCUUCAGCUUCAGGCUUUAAAUGGAGUUGCUUUUUUUUGGGUCACUGAGACCAUAAUGUUGACAAGCAGACAACUGGAUGUUAUUUUCUUCUUUUUUUAAAAAAAGCUGUUUCUCCUCUUUUAAGAGUCUGGGAUAGUGACAAAGGAAAUAAUAUGUUGCAUUUCUGAGGUAGUCUCGAUGGGUGAGGCCCACUGAUCCAGUCGUCCCAGCACCACCCCUCACCCCUCCACCCUUGCCCUCCUCUGUUCCCCCCGCCCCCUUCACUUCAGUCACCAUGACUUCCACCGCCCAUCAGCUGCUGGGUUUGGCUGAUGUGGGGCUGAAGUGUGACCAGGAGAUCGAGAGGAGAUAUGAGAUCGUUCCCUCGGUGGUCUGCUCCAUGUGCUGCCUCUUCGGGAUCAUCUACUGCUUCUUUGGCUAUCGAUGCUUCAAGGCCGUGUUGUUCCUCACAGGCCUCAUGUUUGGCUCCGUGGUCAUCUUCAUGCUGUGCUACAAGGAGAGGGUGAUGGACACUCAGCUGAGCGUCGAGGCGUCAGUGGGCAUCGGCCUGGGCAUCGGGACCCUGUGUGGCCUGGUGACCAUGUUGGUCCGCAGUGUCGGACUGUUUAUGGUGGGCCUGCUGCUGGGCCUGCUGGUCGGAGUGGCUUCACUGGUGGUCAUGGAGGAGUUCUACCACCCCAAAACCGUGUGGGUUCCUCUGGGUAUCCUCCUGGGUUCUGGGACGCUAUUUGCCGUCCUCACUCUCCAGUGGCAGCGCUGCUUCGUCACCCUCUCCACCGCCACAUUUGGCUCGGCCACCAUCACCGUCACCGUGGACUACUUUAUAGAGCUGUUCGCCUUGGUGCACUACGUCUACGAGAGACUCAGGGUGGCGCCAAAGAGGCCGGUGUGCUGGUUUACGUGGGUCAUCAUGGGGGUGUGGCCUGUCCUCGCGCUCCUUGGAGUGCUGAUCCAAUGGAAAGUCACCGCGGAGGGAUUUUCUCACACAGAGGUGGUUUUGAGUCGACAGCAACGGAGGGUCCAGCUCAUGCGCAUCCGGCAGCGGGAAGAGAAGCUGAAAAAGGAGAAGGAGAACAAAAAGAAGAAGAAACGAGAGAACACUAAGACCAACCACAAGCAGAAAGCCCACACCCAUCACCACCACCACCAGCAGUACCAUCACCCGGCGGCGUCCCACCCUCAUCACCAAGCCCAGAGCUCCCAGCCUCCUAAAGUCCCUCCUCCUCAGACUGAACCGGGCUACCACCGCAAGGUCAACCCUAAAAGGCGCUUUGAUGGAGACGUGCUGUCACCGAGCUACAUCAGGAGUUUCAGGGACAGACAAACAGACAGACGAGCGUACUCCCAAAGUCGAAUGAUGAGCCGCUCCCGCAUGGCCGAACUCGACUACGACUGCGGCUCCCGAGUGCCCCUCACGGCUCCCAGCGGACCUCCAGCUCGCAUCUGAGACGGGGGGACAUGAACACGUGUACACCCAACCACACACACAAUCACACAAGGCUACUUCAAACCUCUUUGUCACAGUUUGGGAUAGAAAACCUAACCCUAAUGUGCCAACCCAACAGAACCUCAAUGUGUCCCAGUAAGGUGGUUAGUCCCACACUGGUUUUCUCCUCUCAGACCUGUUACAAGUUGUAUUUAUUUGGCCAGUUUAGGUCCUGUUUUGUUCUUUUUAUGAAUGUCGAGACACAAAAGCAGAGCCUUUUUGUUUGGAUGGAGCAAGAACUGAUUGGUCAAAUCUCAAACAUGAGUCAUCACAUAAUGUAUUUGACUUCAAACCUCUUAUGUUGCUGUAUUGGUCUGAAGGAAAUAACGGACCUGUCUGAUGGGGAGUUGAUGGAAAUAUCUCUGUUGAACAUUUGAUUUAAGUCAUAAGAAGUCAUUCCCAGUGGGAUCGCAGUGGGGGUAAACAAUCAAAACACUAGUUUCUCCACAGGAGGGCUGCACCAUUUCAGAUAAAAAUGCAUCACAUGGCUUCCAUGGAGUCAAGGUAGCACAACCUUCAAUAAACCUUCCUCAGCAUCUUUUAGUUCAGGGGAAAUUAAGGAGGAAACGCUUUGCUUCAAGGAUUCCAUUAAGAGCGCUCGGAGGAAAACGACAAAAAAAACCACACACAGCUCACACUGAAACAGAAAGGCAGCUCGUCUUCAUCGUUUUCUCCCCUGAAAGGUCACCGUGGGAAGGGAGGUGAACAUGAAGUCAGCCUGUAAUCGUCACUGACAGCCUGUGAAUCCCGACAUGUCUUCUGCUGCUUCACAAUGCAGAACAGGGACUGCUUUUAGGAUCAAAGAGUUAACACCGAAGACGAUUUUCAUGUUAUUUCACCCACGAACACUCCCCAUGUGUCAUCACCUACAUUGAUGCCAUGUUCCAAGGGGAAUGUGUUUGCACUCUCCUUUUGCCCUCGAUCGCCAGCGGUUUUAACCACGGACCUCCCCUCUUCUUCUCCUCUAUCCACUGAAUUUAAAACACUUUUUUGUAAGCUACUGUAUGUAAUUAUCUUUGUUGACAUGUUUCCAAGUGCUAUGUCCUUUUUCCUCUUCUUAUCCUAAAAAAAUCUAAAGUCUAAACAUGCAUACAAAAAGACAAGAAACUGCUAUCUGAUACUGGUCACUGGUCCAGGGAUUUGAGAGUUUUGAGGGGACAAUACAUGGCAGUGAUAUGUUAAAUAUAGUGUGUGUGUGUGUGUGUGUGUGUGUGUGUGUGUGUGUGUGUGUGUGUGUGUGUGUGUGUGAGUGGACACAGACGCCCUGUGGGAAGUGAUGGAUUGCACCACAUAUUGGCCCAGGAGAGGGGGAUUCAUUGUAAUGUAUGUAAAACAUGCUCUAUUGUUUUUCCUCUUUUUUUUUUUGUCAAUAUUCCGGUUAAAGAUGAAGUGAAUCUUAUGGUUUGGAUGAAGUGUUAUAUGAUGAAAAGAAGAAGGAGGAGGAGGAUAAAUGAUGCUGUAAAUGAUGAUGAAAAGAUGAAGUCAUUUGCAAAUGGCGCCCUCUAAUGUUUACUAUUGGACCUUUCUUUUUCUAGACUUGCUGUUUAUAUGUGCAUAACGUCUGUGUGUUACAUGCGUUUGCGUGUGAAUUCAAAUGUGCUCCAAACAUCGAUGUUGUACUGCUCAUCCAGAGAGGUGGGGGAUUUAUACAGGAAGUAUUUUCAGUACAAAGGAACUAUUUUUGUUUUAUUUGAACCUCCUGAGGUGCUGUAGUUCCACUCAAUAAACACCAACACCUCCAAUGUUACAAUUCCCUCUGAGACUAAAUGUUACUGUAAACACAUUAUGGCCACUUGGAUUGUGUUUUAUGUCAUUUUUUUUUGGGAGGAUUUUGCUUUAUGAGGUUUAGAUGAAGAAAACGAUUCCACAGUACUGUACUUAAAUACUAAAUACCUGCUGGGAUGUGGCGGGCUUGGCACUGUAGGACCAAUCAUUCUCACCCUAACCCAUUACUGCAUGAGAAUCCGUGUGUAACUGUUUCCAAAUGUGUCAGUGUUUCAGUGUGUCACUGUCGUCAUGUGAAAACCUCCGAUUUCCAUUUCGAGUUUGUUGGUCCCGGCGUGCACAAAACAAAAUUUACAUCUGUCUGAAGUGUUUUGAAAUCAACAGUGUACAGACAAGGAACAUCCUAAUCUCAUUGUUUUCAGUGACCUCAGUCAGUGUUUACAUAAUUAAGAAACUCAUUUAUAGUGAUUUUUAGUGAAUCUUGAAAGGACCAAUCGUAGCCUUUUCUGCCACAGUCAAUAGGUUCAACUCUUCUCUUCUUCUCUCCUCUCCUCUCAUCUCUCCUCUCUAGUCUACGCUGUCCAUGUUAAAGGGCUUUGAAAAGGUAUUUGAAUAAUUUCCCUACUCUUGACAUGCAUUAUGCUAAGACACCUUUUAUUCUGCUGUAUCAUUGUUACGCCAAUCAUGUUUUGCAGUAGUGGCUGUUCAAGUGUUAUUUGCUGUUUUGCUUACACUUCAGUCCAGUUUGGGUCUUCUUUUGUGUUUUUACUGUAGUCAUCACUGUCUUUUACAUUUUAGAAAGGCAAAAGUUAACAAAAUGGUAAGCCCCGUUUGUAAUGUGGGUACGAAAUUAAUCAUUAUAAUUAAAUUGUCAGUUGUAUUUUUUGUUUCUAUUAUUUUCUGUGCCCAUCACUGCUGAAAAUACGUUGGGGAAACACUGUAGAUAUUGAACUGUAAAUACUUUUUAAAUGUACAAAUGUGUUUUCUUUCAUUUCCAUGAUUGCUUAUGUCAUUCAUCCAGCUGAUUGGAUGAGUUUUAUAUUGCGUUACUACUGUACUGUCCGUCCGGUUGGUUUGGUUUGGCUGGGUGGUUGAUGCACUUCUAUCGUUCUCAUCCUGCUGUUGAAAAUCAGCCAACAAACUGAGCCUUGACUCUGAUUAUCAGCAGCCAUCAGCAAUUCAAUAAUUGCUCCACAUUACGAGAAGAGACGGCAAUUAAUUUCCCUACCACCUGUUUAAUUGUGUAUUAUUAUUAUUAUUAUUAUUAUUAUUAUUGAUAGCAUGAAUUUAUAUGGACCUAAAAUAUGAUAAACAUUGUGAUUCUACAAUCUAA